UUAACCCUAUUUUAAAAUGGUCGAACAGUGUACUGUCCUGGAGGUCAAAGUUAUAGAAGGCCAUGGAACAACGAUUGAUGUUGUGUUGGUAAACUGUGUACUUCAUGAAGGUGAUCAAAUCGUCGUGUGUGGGUUACAGGGACCUAUAGUCACAACGAUUAGAGCGUUACUGACUCCUCAUCCAAUGAAGGAGCUACGGGUGAAGGGUACUUAUGUGCAUCAUAAAGAAAUAAAGGCUGCACAGGGUAUAAAAAUUACAGCGCAGGGUCUUGAACACGCUAUUGCUGGCACUGCUCUGCACGUAACUGAACCUGAUGAUGACAUUGAAGCAAUGAAGGAGCAGGCAAUGGAAGACAUGGAGUCAGUUUUGAGCAGGAUUGACAAAAGCGGUGAAGGAGUUUAUGUACAAGCGUCUACACUAGGGUCACUAGAAGCAUUGCUUGAAUUCUUAAAGUCCCCAGCUGUGAAGAUACUUGUAAGCGGCAUCGGUAUAGGGCCUGUGCAUAAGACGGAUAUCUUUAAUGUUCACCCCAGUACUUUUAAAUUUACGGAAAGAUCUUUAUGAUUUCGCGUUAAACUUUAAACGUUCACUUUUGACUCUAUUAUAUGAAAAUGCAAUAUAUACAAAACUCAGAAAUUAAUCGUGGAGCAAUCCAGGAUUAGUUUUAAAUUUUUUAUUAUACUUUCUAGUAUAUAAGCUAGUAUACGUAUCAAAGUAACGUGAAUCAUAUGUGGUAUAGUGGUUUGUGUGUAUAAUUUUAUCUUGAAUAACUCGGGUUCAAGUGGAGGAAAGAAUAACUUUGAUGAUUUUUCAUUUUUUUUGACUUAGGAAAGAAUAUACUCUGCGAGAUUUAGAUUAGAUUUCGUGUAGAAUUAGGAAAGUACAUCUUUAACCGAAUAUGGAAGUUUCUAUAUUUUUCGGAUUUGUCUACAAUAUGUGUAUUACCUUACGCAGAAUACAGUAGAGUAGUUGAGAAACAUAUUAUUCCUUUAGGCGUCACAUAAGGUAAAAGGAAGAACAUGUUAUGGCACAUAAUUUAGAUAAGGUAUAUUAUUGAGUUGUGGCUAUAUAUUGUUAUCAAGCUGUAGGUAUACUGAAGACAUCUUUCUUGAUUAUAACGUUUCGAAAUAUAGCUUGGUUAAAAUAUAUAAGAAAUGCUAGUUUACGUUGUAUACCCAAGAUAUAUCGAUGUAUAAAACUUAGUAUCUGAUUUCUAGACUAAGUAGAUGACAAGAAUGAGUAUUCUAACUGUAGCUAGAAGAUAAAAUAAAAUAUGAUUCCACUUUUUUUAAAAAAAAAAUUAAA